AUGUCUGAUACUGCCUCCGCCUAUGCCUGCGGGCCCUGUCGUGCUGCUAAGGUGGGCUGUGACAAGUCGCGGCCGCACUGCAUGCGCUGUCUGCGCAGGGGCCUGGACUGCUGCUAUGCGCCGAAACCGGCGUCGCUCUGUCGGAAUUCCGGUCGUGCAACGUCUAAUAGCAGUCGCAGUCUGUCUAUCAACACUCAAUCGCGUCUGGCAUCUCACUCUCCAAGGACAAAUAGUGAGAGCAAGUCACCUACAAGCUUGGUCCAGAAACGGAACCGGGUUCCCAAGGCUUGUCUGCGCUGUCGCCAGUUGAAGAUCAAAUGUGACCGGCAGCAGCCAUGCAGUCGCUGCAUCAAGGCCAACGGCGGCCGCGACUGUCACUAUCCAAGGCCUACGACUGAGCCAGAUAAAGAGUUUGUUCCGCUUUGGAAGCAGACCUUUCACAGUGGGAUCCACUGGUCAGGACUCGUUCAGAAUAUCCAGAGUCUGUUGAAGCACCGUCGGUGGGCUGAAAGCCAGGAACAGGCCGACCAGCAUGUAACAUUCUCGUCUGUCGAUAACAUCUUUGGCAACAUCGGUCCGCUGUCGAGUGCACCGCGGAGAACGCUGCUGUCCUACAUACCCCCAAGGGAUGUUGCCGAGUCAUUCAUCGCACAGUACCUGGACAGCGUUGAGCCGUAUCACCAGAUCCUGCAUGUACCCACCUUCAAAGAGGAACUUGAAGUCUUCUGGAGCAAGCCCGGGACAGUUGGCGACGGAUGGCUGGCGCAGCUAUUUGCCAUCCUUGCCCUGGGCUGCCAGCUACACUGCACACCUGCAUCAACAAACAGCAACAAGGGCAUCUCGCCAGACCGGCUGUUCGAAGGAGCCCAGGCGUGUCUGCAGCGAACGCCAUUCAUGAUACGACCACAGCUGAUGAGCAUUCGAGCAUUGUGCCUUUUUGUUAUCUUCAAACAGACCAAAGUCAUGAUGACCUGCGUCGAAUGCGACGCGCUCUGGCCUGCAACAGGCCUCAUUGUCCGGCUUGCAGUAUUACUAGGCCUUCACUCAACCGAUUCAGCCCAGCAUCCCCAGUUCGAGUCCAGCGAAACCACCAUCCGGAAUCGUCUCUGGGCGGCGGUCAUAUUGCUAGAUCUGCGCCAGAGCCUCGCAGCCGGCAUGCCCAUAAUCCCACCAUCACGAGAUCUCAUCGCAGAGCCCUUAUUCACAAUACACCAGCAAACUCCUGCCCCUGGUACAGACCUUGUCUUCCCCCUCGUCCUCUACGACAUCCUCCCCCAGAUCUUCCGCAUCCUCGAACUCGCCACCUCACCCCAGGUAACCCUCGCAUACAGCCAAGUCGCCAGCUACGACCGCCAAAUCCGCGCCCUGCUCAAAUACCACGAAUCCUCCUUCCUCACAUAUGAACAUGAACAUGAACAUGAACAUGAGCAAGACGAACAAGUCGCCGUCAACGCCCGCUUCCAAUGGACCAUGACAAACGUCUUCUUCCGCCGCGUCCUCCUCGCCCUGCACAGCCGUCUAUAUCAAGAACCAGACGCCCCAACCCGCUACCCAGUCUCAUACUGGUCCUCGCUGGAAUGCAGCAUCGCCUUACUCUCCACGCAGCGCGAGCUAUGGGACACAUCCUCCUCCCCCUCCCCCUCUGUUUCAGAUUUAGAAGCAAAAACAGCCGCGUUCCUCGCCCGCCUCUUCAUCCAGGACUUCUUCCUCGCGGUAGUGACAAUCUGCUUCCACCUGGUGCAGGAACAGGCCCCGCUUGUAUCCGGGAAUGGAUUGUGGUGUCAGGGUCAUGCGCGGCGGACGAUAUUGGAGCUGUUGCGCUCGUGUCGUGAUAUUUGGGGGGUGGAGAGGGGGGCGCCGGUUUGUCAUGGGAGGUCGUUUCGGAUGAUUGAUGGGAUGGUGAGGUUUUUGGAAUCUGGAUCUGGGUCGGGGUUGGGGUCGGGGUCAAGGGGGAGUGGAAGUGCAAGUGACGAUUGGGAGGACGAGGUUGGGGUGGAGGUGGUGAGGUGUACGUGUGCUAAAGAGGGAUGUGAAGUAUUUUCUCUGGAGCAGUGGGUGGACGGGUUUGCUGGAUAUUAG